UCAGUCAACACGCAUUCGGCAUUAACGCGUAUCGUGCCCGAUUAUCGCUCGUCACUUUGUAUAUUUGGUGAAUAAUAAAAAAACAAAAUAUUUCUCGGUCAUUGAUCGCGUUUAAUUCGCGUCUCGCUUCAAACGAGUGCAGGUUUUCCAAAGCUUUGGCUAAAUAUCUCGGACCCUUCGAUGCUUAAUACGAAAAAACGCAGAAUGAAAAAUCAUGGAGUUCUGCGGAUCUGAAUUGUGUGAAUUGAUCGUCUCGUGUUUGGAACUGUGUUCUUUGUGUUAUUGCGCGCCAACGCCUCCUGCUGAUCCUUACGUCAGGGCCGAAACAGAACCUUCGAACGCACGAAAUAAUUUGAGCACAAAAAAAACCACAGACGUUUGAGUUUACGUGAAAAACUGAAAGGAAGAAAAAGUAGGCUUUUGAACCUACGUAACUGAAAGGAGAUUCGAGCACUUAAAAAACCACAGGCUUUUGAGCUUACGCGAAGAAAUAAGAGGAAAUAAAAUAUCGGAGACGUUUGAGCCUACGUGGAAUGUCGCAGCUAGUGCCCAACUCGAAUUUUUACCAAAUUAUGACGGACGAUAGUGUUUAUUCGCCGUUCUCGAUGUAUUCAUCCCAAGUUGCCGGACAGGACCCAUGGCAACUCACUAAAGAGGAGAAAGCUAUGCUGGUGUCUCUGGACGGACUGCACAGUGGCGUGCCGACGAGGACGACCCCGACGCUGACUCCAACGACCCUUCGUAGUAUCGAGCAGACUUUUCUCGAAUUGACGAGCGAACCGGCCUCGCACAGCCGGGAGGCUGGCUUCGUACCGCCUCUCGUCGAACCAUCGCAGCCAACACCCGCGCAAACCCAAAAUCUUCAAAGUCAUCACAACAGCAUUAUUCUCGAAAGUCAACACUCACCGCUCCAACACGAUCAUAAUCACCAUCAUCAUCACGAUCUCCACGAUCUUGAGGACCACCACGAUCAUCAGGAACAACAACACCAACAGCAACAUCAAACCAGGCGCAACAUGGGCGGCCGAAGACCCACCAGAACAAUCGGCAUGUCACCCGAGGAAGAAGAGAGGCGACAGAUUCGCCGCGAAAGAAAUAAAAUGGCAGCUGCCAGGUGCCGCAAACGACGCAUGGAUCACACCAAUUCUCUGCUAGAAGAAACCGAGGGUUUGGAACAGAAAAAACAGAAUUUGCAAGACGAGAUUCACCAGCUGCAGCAAGCUAAGGACGAACUGGAAUAUAUACUGGAAGCGCACCGGGCGGUGUGCAGAGUUCGUUCGUCAUCGCCGCCCGACGUGAAGCCCGUGAUAAUAAAAAACAUUGCGAUAACGGAGGACAAUUUUGUGGAGCCAGCGAAGAGAGAAAACUUGUCGAGCUCGUCGCGACCAAAUCGACCGAACUCUUUACCCGUCGGUUUCGACAACAACAACCGUCCAAAUUCAUUGGCGAUAUUCAACGAGCCCAAGGAACGACCUAAUUCUUUGCAAUUCAAGACUCUCGAGACACCGACCUUCAUGAAAACCGCUUCGGAAGUCGCUGGCGUACCGAUCACCACACCAUCCAGCGGUAUACCCUUCAAUUUUGAUUCCUUGAUGGAAGGUGGCACCGGUUUGACACCGGUCUCCACACCCUUGAUACCCUCGUGCUCGAGCCAGCAAAGAAACAAUUUGUCCGCCGUUGAUCUCAGCUCGCCCGAUGCAAAUCCACCGAAACUCGUGAGCUUGUGACGCCAGGAUGAUCUCGAGUAUAGGUCGAACGACGACGACGAAACCGAAUGAGUUUCGUGCGAGAUCUCUCUCUCUCUCACUUAUCCUCCACGACUCAACGAUCACCCAACUCGUCGAUUCUAUGCUCGUGAAAUUCUUUUCUAACUCAAACAUCCAUAUUCAUACGACUUAUGAACUUGUGAAGAACGAAAGAGAUUCAGAAAGAGAAAUGAUAAGCGAGCGACGGAGGAGGACGGAGCAAAUGAAAUAGAAGAAUGAAAAUAAAAACUCACGACGCCCGGAGAAAAGCCCCGCCUGAAGUUUACUCCUGCGUUCUGACACAUCACACGUUGCCAUAUAUGUAUUUUUUGUAUCGAACGUUCGAGAGCAGCAAUGAAAAAUGAGGAAACUAAAAUCACACGCGUUACUCUCCUGUUGAACUGUAUAGUAGUAUUUUUUCCUCGUAUUUUCACGAAAUUAUCGCGAUCCAGUGUAGAUCGUAAAGUCAAUGAAAGCGCGGACACAUACCGUGGCAUUGAUCUCCUCCCCGCCCCUUCCUUUGAUUCUUGUAAGAAAUAUUCAUCGCCACAUAAUUGUUACGUUACGGAUAUCCGAAUUUUUUUUCAUCUAAACUACUGCGUCAUGCAAAAGCAAAGAAGAAUUAUUCGUUUUACAAUUUGCAUAAUCAUUGCGAAAUAAAUGUUUUUUGAGAAAAAAAAAAAUGCAGCAAACAACUGCGGUAAUUGAUUUUUUUUUAUCACUGCCACGCCAACUUCAGUAUUCUCAUACGUCGAGAUGUGAUUCGAAAUGAUAAUUCGAAACUAGGUUAUUAUAGCUGAACGAAAGAGAAGAAAAUCGUUCGCGUCGACUCGCGGCGUGGUAGUUAAUAAAAAUUGAAAAUAUUACUGCUGAAAUCAACAACUUAGCUCAAAAAAUUCUUCAUAAUACGAUGAAUCAGUUAAUAUUGAAAAUUGCCUAGAUCAUUCGAGACGAUUGUACAAGCUUCGAAUCAAAUAGAACAAGCUCCAAUUGUUUUACGCCCGAUUGCGGAAAGACAUAAGAAAUAAGGCGAGUGCGCAAAGUUAGCGAAACCACGCUCGUAAACACCAAUCGCAAACUCGUCAAACAAUAUUGUGUAACGUCUAAUCCCUCCAUACAUAUAAUAUAUAUAUACAUAAAUAUAUAUAUUUUAUAGAUUACGACAAUUUUGCAUGAAUUUGAGCAAUAUUAAUAUAUUUACUAUAAUAUAUUUAUACACGAAGCUAUUCAUCAGGUGCGUUCGUUGAUUGAACCCGCUUUUUCGUCGAUCUAUCUACGAACAAUCCCAUGAAUCUUCUUAUUACGACACGCAGAAAACUAAUGCGUGAUUCAUUGACGAUCGUAUAGUGAUAAGAUUGUAAUACACCGUUGAUGCAAUAUACUAUUUUGUUUAGACCAAGCAA